AAGCACAUGAUCGCGUGUCGGAGGCAUCAUAAAUGUCCCGGAGGCAUUUUUGGGCCCUGCUGGGCUAUAGUGUACAGACAACCUUUGGUGAAGGAGGCAUUUUAUCGAGAUAAUUUUUAUGGUCGGAUGCACAAGCUUCUUAAAUACUUAAAAUAAUGUGAUGCUUUUAUAAAGUUUUAUUAUGAGGUUUAGGAAGUGGUUAAAUUUUUAAUCAAGAGUAAAACAAUAUAACGUGGUGUUCCAGGAUUUGAACGUAGGACCCUGAAAUUUGGUGAGAUAGCAUCUUAACCAUCUAGCAAGACAUCCACUAAUUACUGUUAUGGUAUACUAUUCUUGAGGAAAAAAUGUUGUUUACUAAAGUACUGUUUUCAAUUUAUAAGUGACAAAUGCCUAGGAUUUGCCAAUAUAUCUGGUGGAGACAAAAUACCUUGCACACAUUGCAAAUUGUGUUUCAGAGAUAAUGGCCAAAACAUGUUGGAAUGUUGUAAUUUUCAAAAUCUAUUCUAUUGCACUAAACUACACUUUAUGUAGAUCUAUACAUCAUGCUUUGUUAUUUUUUAUUUGUGACAUAAAAAUGAAAUAAAACUUAUUGAUCAAACAUUUAAUUACACUAUGAAAAGGAUAUUAUCAAUUAAAAGGAGGAAAAAUGCAAAUUAUUUUCUCUAAACAUACCACCGUACAAGCUAAUGAAUGAUAAUUAUUAGUACCAGCAUUUUAUGUGUAAUAUAAUGAUAUGUGAAUAUAUUAAACAGAGACAUGAUAAUAGUUGAGGGUAUAUCCUUCCUUUCAAUAUUGUGUUUGCCUGCACAUAUAUAAGUGUGCUUGCUAUACUAGUGGCAGGAGCGUCACUGAGCUACUCAGGCUUAAGAUGUGGAAGCGAUUAAAUGAACGUGGUGAGAAAAUGACAGCAAAUCCAGCUGAUGAACAAUUUUUCACAUGUCAGAUUUGCCUUUGUAGUUUUGACAACGAUACGCGAAGACCAAAAUGUCUGCCACGCUGUGGGCACACACUGUGUCUGUUGUGCGGCAAAAGCAUUUACAAACACGGAAUCAUUCGCUGCCCUUUCUGUCGCAUGGUCUGUGAAUCGUCAGAAGAUAUAUCCACAGUCAUACCCGACAAUUGGGCAGUCAGGAACAUGAUGGAGAAUUGUAAAAGGAAUAUUCCUCAGAAAAUAUCAUCAGAACACAGAGGAAGUUUACAUCAUAACUCUGCCGAUUUUUGCCCAUCACAGACAAGUAAAACUAAUGUGUUUCCAUCAGAUAUCAAGUCGAAAACUUAUACCUCUACUGGUUGGAUGGAAUCUCAACAGCCACCAAUGUCAGAAACAAAAUCUUCAAUAGCGUGUACCAUAAUAGUUCAACCUAAAUGCAAGACCACCAACCAGCGGACAAUACUAAUAAAAACUGAUACACCCAGACCUCGUGAUAUGCCAAUCCUGACAAAAGGUUUAACCGCUGAAGCCACGGACCCCAACUUUAAACCAAUCUCGGUUAGCGUACUCGAGGCCGAGGACAAUGAGUUUGAGGUUAAAUACACACCUACAAAGAGAGGAGUGUAUAAGUUUAACUUAAACUUGUUUGGCAAACAUGUAGAAGGGUGCCCGCUAGAAGUUGAGGAAACAUCUUUACGGCGAUCAAUUUUCAAUCGUGCUUUUUCAAAGAACACAAAGAAGAAGCCUAAAGAAAGUCUGCUGCUUUUAAGCGCUAAUGCACUGAGUGAAACUCGAGCUCGGAAUUCAUAUCUCUAUCAAACACGAAGCAUGGGGAUGUUUGACGAAGUGUGCGCAUUUGGUGGCAUGGUAGAACCUCCUUAUUAUUAAAACUGACAUUUGAGGUCUUUAUGAUCUUGUACAUAGGGCACAACUGAAUGUCUAAUUCUUCAUGUACUAUAGAAGCCAGAGGUCCAAAAUCUCCCGCAAUUUGCCAGAGUCUCUCCCUGGUCCCCCACUAUAGUUCCUAGAUCCACCACUGCAGAUCUCCGGAAUUGACUUCUUAAUUCACUGAUUAUUGUUUCUGUUUUUAAUCCUUUUGAUGUUUUAUAAUUUAGUUUAAUGAUGACAAUAAAAAUAGAUUAAUGCAUAAAUGUAAAACAUUUA